AUUUAUUCAUCCAGGGAUUAAAAAGAAAAAUAUUCAGAGUUUAUGACAUUCAAGAAGUCUCAUAACAAAACUUUGAGUUAUUUUUUCAUCUAUAUGAUCUUUUUCCUAUAUUUACUUGUUCCGUUUCAGUUCUUUGUAUCUGAAGUUAAACCGUUUUUAUCAAUCGGAUGAAGACAGAAAAUCAAUGGGAGGUUCGAGGAGCUCCGGCUGAGCCCGCGUGCGGUGCGCGCGAGGCGGCUCUGCUCCUCCAGGAGUCUCCCCGCUGCAGCUGCAGCCUCCUCUGCUCCCGCGUGCGUGUUUUCUCCUCCACCUUUGUGUGUCUGUUUCUCACACCCACUCUGCCCCCCUCCCCUCCUCCCCCCGCCACCUCCUCCCUCGCCUCCCCCUCUCCUCCUUUUAGCAUCUGAAAAGACCACUGAGUGAGAAUCGAUGGCGCAGAGGCCCGCUUGACAGGACAAUAAACCACAAAGAAGGGCUUCCCCGCCGGUGCAGCGAUGCCCCCGCGGCGCCCCGCGUCCCCGUCCCGCCGCCGUGGCCCGGAACCCCGCCGCCUUCCCGCGCCGAGGCCCGGCCGCAGCUUCCCAUGAGGCCCCCAGCAGAACCCAGCGCGACCUCUCUGUAUGGGGCCCACCUCUCAUGAUCUGACAUGGAGGAUGAAGAUGGGACUUGUCUACUUGAUGUUUUGUGUGACCCCCAGGCUCUGAAUGACUUCCUUCAUGGGACCAAUGAGCUGCAGGCCGAGGACCUGCUCAUUAACUCCGCCUCCGGGGAGCCCUCCAUCUUCACAGACGCCCCGAGCCCCGUUUCUCUCCUGGGAGAUGGCGGGGAUUCCCCCGGCACGCCUCCAGCCGGCUGUGUGGAUCUGUCCUUCCUGGAGGAGGCUCUCCUGUCCUCUCCGGAGGCUGCAGAGGACCCCCGUGGAGCGCAGGUCGGGCCCCCCGCCGAGGAGAAGAACGGGGAGGUGGAGGAGGAGGCCUGCGAUAUUCUGCAGCAGAGCCUGCAGGAGGCUGAAAUCACAGAGCAGACCAUGGCUCUGGAGGCCGGUCUGGCCCCCCCAGGGGACGGGCUGUCGCUGUACCCCCCCACCCCUCUCCUCUCUCCCCCCGCUGUCCCAUUCAUUCCCAAACCCGUGACCCUGCCCGUCACCUCAGCGCUGCCCAGAGACACCCAAACGGCCGUGGAGCCCCCCCAGCCCUCCCUGCUGGCCGUCGGGCCCGGCUGUCCCUCUCUGAAGCCUGCCGCCCCCCCCCAGCUGAUGGGGCUGCUGCCUGGAAACGUGUUCCCCGCCGGCGCCCCUGAGGCCUCCUUCUCCCUGAGUCCGGCUCAGGGUUCCAGCAUGAUCAUCCACAAGGCCACCGGCCGCCCCCUCAUCACGCCGGCGGUGAGAGCCCCCCCAGCGCCAGGCAUCGUCCUGCAGCGGGCCCCCCUCCCCAUCCAGCCCAAGCUGCCCAUCAGCAUCCAGCCCAGACUGGUCCAGAUCAGCCCCAAGCCUCCAGGCCAGAAAGCCAUUCCUGGUCUCAAUUUUGUCCCCGGGACCGCCUCUCCAAAUAUUUUACUCUCCCAAGCACCGAGCCAAAAGGCGGCGGCGGCGGCACCCCAGGCGGCGCAGCAGCUCCCCAAACCCGUCAGCCUGCAGCUGGUCAACCAGGGCGGCUCCUUCGUGCUUCAGCCUCAAGGUCUCUUCCAAGGCCAAAACCAGUUCCUUCUUCCGGGUCAGUCCCCCGUGACCAUCUCCCAGCCGGCCGGGGCGGCCCAACCCCUGCUGAACCCGAGUCAGCAGGGGACCUCCUUUCACAGCGUGGCGCCCUCUGCUGGCCAGCUCGUGGACGGCCCCCAGAUCCUGGCCGUACCCCAGAGACAGCUGAACUUCGGUCCCGUCUUCACCACGCCCACCGGGCAGCUGGCGCUCCGCCCGGCCACCGUGCUGUCAGGGGCCCUGCAGCUGCAGUCGGCCCCCACCGCCGUCUUCCAGAUGCCGACGCAGCUGGCUGGAACCUACACCCCAGGAGGGGCGGGGCAGCGGGCCACCCUGCUCCACAGUCCUGCUCUGGGAAACCACAUCACCCUGAUCAACAGCUCGGGGGUGCUUCCCUCCGACCUCACCUCCAUCUCCAUCGUCAACGGCCCCUCCCUUUACCAGGGCUUACCUUUCGCAACCCAGGCCCCCGCCCCUCAGACCGGGGGGGCGGACGGACAACUGAGCCUGCAGCAGGCGUCUGUGGUUCUGCUGCCUGAAAGGUCCGGUCCAGAAGAGCGGAGCGGCCCAGACGAGACCUUCCACCAGCUGCAGCAGCCCUUUGGAGCCGUGGUCCAGCACGUGUCCGUCCAGAACCGCUCUGCAGGACUGCAGUCCUCCCCCCCUCCGGUCGUGACGGCCCUGCAGCCCCCUCCUGAGCCCGCUCUGGAUGUGCCCAAACUCCUGAUGCCUCCAGCAGAAGAAUCGGCGCUGAAUCAGAACCAGGCCUUCGGGCAGCACCUGCAAGAGCAAGCACUUGGUUCUCCCAUCCAGCCGGACUUACUGGUCGGGACAUUGGAGCCGCUGGCCUCCCCCGCCAUCAGCAGCAAAAAGGCCACGCCUUUGAGCUGCCCGCCGUCUGCUCAGGCUGACGCUUCUCCGCUUCCCUCAGAGGGGGAAGACCUGCCGCUCUGCUCCCCCACGCAGGACCAGGACUCUGGAAAACCAGCUGCAGAACCCCUUCCGCCGUCAGCCCCGCCCCCUGAAAGUUCUGCUCCUGGACCGCAGGACCCGAGUUCUCAUCAGCAUCCAGCAUCCCAGUCCCUCAUUCCUCAGAACCAGCAGCAAAGCGGGUCAGCCCAGAUCCAGACGCGGCCGUCCUCUUCUCAACCGAUGUCCUUGAGCCAUAGCCCCGCCCCCAGCGUCUCGGUGCCUCAGCAGCAGCCGACUCCCACACCUGCUGUCCCCUCCAAAGGUGGAGACGAGUCUGCUGUCCCGCAGCACAACAAGCCCACAGCUGCCUUGGUCACAGAGAGUGAAGCCUUCACUCUUGAUCCACCUUCUCCUGCGGCCCAGGAGGUCCCCGCCCAGGGGGGCCCUGAGGCCCCCAAUCAGACCAUCAUCGAGCUGGAGGAUCCUGAGGAGGAGGAGAAGCUCACACCAGCAAUGCGCAGACACCGGUUCCAGCAGCAGCUCAUCUCGGACCACAGAGCUGUGCAGAACGCCGUCACUCGUCCAGCGUUCGCCUCGCUGAAGGACGCGGUCCGACACCUGCUGCCGUAUCACACAUGUGCCGGUCACCUGCCCACCCAAGAGGACUUCAUUUUAGUGGACGAAGAGUUCGACUCCAUGUCCUACUUCCUGCUGAAGCGCACCAAAGACAUGGUCAACAAAUACAGGCAGCUGCUGGUGAAAGAGACGCAGCAGGAGAGUCCGUCCGCGGAGAUGGUGAUGCUGGAGCGCCUCUUCCUGCAGGCCGAGAGGUUCUCUUUGGCUGAGGACAGGCGGCGAGCUCGGCGAGAUCCAGAAACCUUCAUGACAGCUUUGGCGGUGUCGUCCCCGCAUGGCUGCGCCGGCCCCUCCCACCCACAAUCCUCCGGGAGCCCCCUAUCCCCCCCAUCCUGGACGCGACUGUCCGAGCGGCCCCCGGGACUGAAGACGUACCGCUCCAGCUCCCGCGGCGCCCUCCGGCUGACCAUCAAGCAGGAGUCCGGAUCCCGGAAGGUGGUCCACAACUCGGCCUGUGACCCCCGCUUCAAGAGGGACCACGCGGGUCAGCUGACCAACGGGGGCGGAGCCCCCAACGGCGCUCUUCAGCUGCCUAACGGAGCUCUGAGCGGGGGCUCUGAAGGACAGAGAGGCCCCGCCUCCAAAUCAAAAUCUCCCAGUCCCCCAUCGGAACCAGAAGACGUCUUUGAUCCCAGAGACGCCCCCAAACUGAAACGCUACCGGUCAGAAACCCCGCCCCGACCGGAGCGGCGCUUCAGCCCCCUGCCCCCCCCUCUCCAAGAGGACAGCAUGCUGAGCGAGCACUUACAGAGCGCCAUCGACAGCAUCCUGGAGCUGCAGCGCCUGCAGGGCCCGCCCGCCCCCAGGGCCGCCGCCGGCCCCUCGCUGGACCAGGCCGUCACCAGCAUCCUGGGGGGGCACCUGUGAGCUCCUGACCCGUCUGCUUCAGGUCAAACAGACGGAAAAUAAAGAGAUGCAGCUCUAUCCACGGCGCCGCAUGUCACCGUACGGCGGCGGCGGGGGAUGAGGGCGGCGCUUCCUCCAGAGGUUUAAGACCGUCAUCAGCAAACAGUAUAUCAUUAAUAGUGAGAAACACAAAAACUAGAGAUUAUUCAAUAGUUUUUAUAAGAUUUCUUUACGAGUUCUGAAUUUGGUUGCAUAGUGCCAAGCUUCCAGGGUAUUUAUUUUGAUAAUCCGUGCCAAUCGUGGUUCCAGAAAGCUGGCGAGUGCGUGCGUGUCCGUGUGUGUGCGUGGAUCUGGAGAGCGUGGAAAAACCCCGACGUCCCUCCGUCAUCUCCGCUUCGUGAAUGAAACUCCAAAGAAUUUGAGACUUGUGCAUCCUGAAAUCACCAGCAAACAUUAGCAUCGAGUGUCCGUUCGUGUCUGAGAGGAGGAGGCGCAAAAACCAGAAAAACCGUUUCUGACGGAUAAAUAUUCCUCUUGAGCCGUUUCCCAAACGUUGUGUGUUAACGUGCAAGCAAUAAUAACACGGGGUUAACUCGCCGUCAGACCCUUGGUAGUUUUAGGAACCAUUUCCAACCCGUUUCAAGGGCUUCAGAGGGACGUUUAGUCCAAAAACAUCCUGGAGCUCCGCCCUCUCUGCGUCGUUUCUCAGCCUUUGACCAAAAACUUCAUCUGUUGAAGCUUCGGUUGUCGUUUCCUCGUCACUACAAAGCAAUACAUGAUUAUUCUCAGCAUCCUGUGUUAAUGUGACAAUCCUGCCAGUCUGUAGAUGUGAACUGAAGCUGGAGAUGAAUGUCGGCCCGCCAGGAAAAGAACGUUCAGUCUGCAGCUUUUGGAGCAAAAACCUGCAUGGAGUCACUUUUGUUUUUUUAUGAAACGAUUUAAAAACUGUUGGAGGGUUGUGAUUGGAGGAGGAAAAGGGUGGGAGGGGCUUACAGAAGUAGCACUUAUGUUUAAGCUUUCAUUAGGUUCGAUAAAAGGAAACAACAAAGCAUAAACGCAAAAAGUUUUUAGAAAACGGAGCAGGAAAAGAAGGAAGUCGAUAUGAUCACAGACUGUAAAGUUACAGAAUUUCUGAUGUAAAUGUGGAUAAAUUCAUCUGAUCUGAAAACUAAAAAACUGAAUUUUCAAGUUUUCUGAUUUACAAAAGAAAAUGGUUAAAAAAGAGGGAAAAUUUGCUUUAAAAAAUCCAAAUAACUAUUUUAAAAAGGAAAAAUUGUGAAAGUAAAAAAAAAGUGGAGAGCCUUUUGCUUUGAAUUUAACUGGAUCUCAGCUGUUCAUACAUGCAGGCUAAAGAAAUAAUAAAUCUGUGACUCCAAGUUACGGAGCCCCUAAAGGAACAUCAAAGUAAAGAAAAAAAUGAAGUUAAAUAUAUACAUUUUUUUAUUUAAUUAUUUUUUUUUAAUUGAAGAAAAAAAAUCUGGUUACUAACUGGUGUGAACCAGUAAUUAAUUAAAAAAAAUAUAUUUUUUCUCAAAGAAAGAAUUUUUAGGGUUUAUUUUUUCAGUUACUAUCUGGUAUCUGGUACGCAUCCGAUUGUAGCUGAUUUUUUUUUCCAGUUAAGAUCUGAUAAGUACGGAGCCCCUAAAGGUACAUCGAAGUGAAAAAAAAAUUUGAAGUAAAAAAAACAUUUUCUAAAAAAUGUUUUUGUUUUGUUUUUACUUCGAUGUCCUUUUCGGGGCUCCAUACGCACCAAAUAAUAACCAGAACAAAAUAUUUUGCUUCAAUUUUUAGAUUUUUUUUUUUACUUUGGUGUCCCUUUAGGGUCUCCGUACUACCAGGUAAAAUAAUUGUUUUAAUUCCUCGUUAGUGUGGACAAAGCAGCUGCAGUUAACAUGUUCAGUCGACCUUCACGUUUCUGUGUUUCACUUUUCCAAAAAGUUGAUUUUAAUUCUCAUGACAGACAAAAUAAAAGCACUUAGUCGCUUAAAAACAAAGAGCUGAAUUAAUUAACUAAUUAAUUAUUGAAUAUUAAUCAUUCUUUCUGUAGUAGCACACAAGCAAAUUAAAAACACAUUAAAUUAGAAUCUUAGCUGCCUUAAAAAAGUCUUAGUGUAAUGUUCAAGAAAACAUGAAAUUUCUGCUUCAUUUAAGUUUUUCAACAUUUAUUUUCUGUGAUUUGGCAAAUUCACUGCAGAAAACGAAUCUUGAGAAUUUUACAUUUGUUUCAAGAAAAGCUAAAUUGUUUUCUUUCUUGCAAGAAAAUAUUCUGAAUACGAAGAUUUUCAACAGCAAAAUAAUCUUAAAGAAAACACAUUUUUCCUUAAAAUAGGAAUUCUUGGUAAGACCGAUUUUUUUUUUAGCUAAUUAAAAUAAAAUUUGCAUUUUUUUUAUUUUAUAUAAAUCUAAAUGACCUGUUUGCAGAGUUUGUAAAGUUCUGCAGAACUCACUAAAAUAUAGAAACCUUAAAGUCUGAGUUGACAAAAAACAAUUUUUCUUUCUGAAAUUAUGUAAAACGUGAACAAAAAGACCAAAGCGGAAAAGAAACGAAUUUCUUUUAUCACACGUGAUGCAUUUGUGCCAAAACGACUGAUUUUAAUCUGGUUACCCGAUAUUAUUCUCGACUCUGAGCAGAAAGAAAGAAAAACCUGAAAUUUCUACUUUUAUUGAACUAGUUUGUCCUGGAUUUUUAUUUAUUUUCCAGAUUUUCUUGUGACUUUUACAUGUUAAAUGAGACAUAAAGAUACAAAACUGACUCCAGGCUGCAGGUGUAAACGUCAGAAUUUGUUUUAUUAUUUAAAUUAAAAAAGCAAAUCGGAUAUUAAAUGUUUUUAGUUAAAAGCGUCUGACUUUAACAGGAAAAAAGACCAGAUUUGGGCCUGAAUCGAUCAGCUCUUUUAACUGUUUUGUCCUUAAGUGUUGAACAAAGUUAGCUUUGAUAUGCAGUAAUUCAUGGUUGAGCCUCUGCUGACCGGACGCAGAUCUAUGAUGGAUCAUGCAGGAUCAGAUCAUGGAGGAUCAGAUCAUGCAGGAUCAGAUCAUGCAGGACCAGAUCAUGGACCUGCAGCUGUGCGUCCAGCCGCAGAGGCGUCGACCCAAUGCAGUAAAGAUGUCGUUCACUUCAUGGGAUUGCUGAACUUCUUAAAGGAGGAUUCCGCUCAGACUGUCAUUGCAAUCCCAGGAAUCUCCGUGAGAACGUCGACCUUGAUGGAUCGAUUCUCCGGCGGGAAGCAGCUCGGUUGUUGCUGUCGCAGUGUUUGGUCUCGUCAGCAUUUCUAGGACUAAAGGGAUCCUGCAUGUUGAGCCAUUUUUAUUUAUUUCUAGAUGUUCUUUAUUUAAAGUUUCUUUUGCUGAACUUGUGGAACCAGGGGAGCUUUUAACUUUCCACCAAUUCAGACAAAAACAACACAAAAAAAGAAAAAAAACAUUCGACUGACCGAUUGUUCUGAUGCCAAAAUCAAGAGGCCUUAAUUCAGCAAAACUAGAUUGUAAAAGUUCCUGACAGAAAAAGUCUCCUCUGACCUGAAACGAGUCACGAGUGAUUCAUAUAUGAAAUGUUAAGAAAAACCACUUUUGUACUCAUUUUUACAGACUAUUUAUUAAACUGUGAUUUUGUAAGAAAUAAAAAGUGUGAAAGGG